AUUUCAUUUAAUAAUUUUCCUUUUGACCCAAAUGUAUUUUUAUUUUGAGUUAACGUUCUUCAGUGUACUUUAAACAGAGAAUUAUUGGAAGGAAAACAGGGAAUUAUUAAAGAAGGAUCUGCAUGCCUCUUAGUCUGCGCCCAUGGUACUUAGCAAAACAUGAGAAUAUCUUCCUUAUAACCUUUUUAUUUCCUGUCAAACCUAUGCUUUUAUAGAGAAAUUAAUCAGAAUCUGGUACAAGAGAACCAAGUCUCUGUUUUAGCUAAACCAUCUUCAAAAGAAACAAAGUUGCGAUUGCAAAACCUAAAAUAUAUAAACUCCAUUGAGCUUGCGAAAAGGGUGAUAUCAGCUGCAAUUCCAUGAAUCUCUGAGUAGCAGGAUUCUUCUGCAAUAGCUGCCACCAGUUGUUUGGAGUCCAAUUCGAAGUUCACACUAUUGUAACCCAGAGACAAGGCGUGAUGCAUUGCCUUCCUUAUAAUCUUGCAUGUCAAUUUUAGGAGAAAACAAAAAGUUGGUUAAGAAAUAAAUUAUCAAAUUUUCACUCAAAAAUCAUAUCGGGAACACAUGUUAUUUUAUCAAAAUCCAGGGUUGUACAUAUACAGCAACUUUUGAGAUAUUGAACUGAGAGCAAAAAGAAGUAUAAAGUAGCGAUAUUUUUUAUAUAAGCAAAAGAAAUUAUCUCACUUUCUCUCCCGAUCCUUAGGAUCAUCUGUCACGCUUCCGAUACGUGGCUUACCGAUCAGGAAUGCCAAGAUACUGAGCGCACCUCACAAGUUACGCCUCCAUCAUUUGCUUCGUAUAAUACUAUCCUUUAAAUAUGUUACAAUAAGAAAGAAGAAGUUAUAUGCCUUUUUUCAAAAAAGAAGAAGAAGAAGUUAUCACGAAAAAAUCAUAAGAAGAGAAGAAGUUAUCAUGGGUCAAGCCCUCAAUACCGCAAAAGGGAAUGGUGAGUUAAAUGGGAAAGACUUGGAAACUAUGGCAGAAAAUUGCUACCGCAAACGCCUUGAAGAACAAGAUGACGAUCAAGAAUGGUCUUUUGGUGACUUCUACCGUAUUGUGGAUGAAGCUGUCGAAGAAAUUAAUAGAAGACUCGGUGGUACCCAACUUAAGGUGCCAAGUGUUGAUAAAUUACAAGAAGCUUAUGAGAGACACAAUCUCGGUGAGGGGAAGAAGAUAUCAAAAGACGAGUUUCAGAAGCUUCUUCAGGAGGUUUUGAUCGGAGCGGGUUUCACCGGCGUCGGAGGAGUAAAAGAGUUUCUACUCUUCAUCUUCGGAGUUCCUGCCUUGACCGUAUUCCUCAAGAACCGUAUAGCUCCGACGUCUUUUCCCAACGACUUGCUCAUCCCCGCCGUCACUUCCGCCACUGUCUUCCUCCUCGCCAAGCUUAACAAGAUAUGACUCUAUUUGUUUGGUCUUUUCUAGCUUUACAUUGUUUUCUAAAUUUGUAUUGGGUAACGUUUAUGAGUGAAUGUGUCAAUGGUUAAAUUUGGAGAUUUUUUUUA